AUGCCUUAUGUGUUGGUUUCCACACAAAUCCGUUUGGAAUGUGGGCCCACUAUAGUGGGUGACACCACAAGUGACCCACAACUCAUGCAAUACUUGAAUGCAGAGAAGUCCACUCCAAUCGGAAACAAA